AUGAAUCAUAAGCCCAAGCAUGUUCAACAGCUGCAGGCUACUUUGGCCUCGAUUUUUGACGUCCGAGUUUGUUUGUUUCCGUUUGUUUCAGUCGCUGAACCUGACGAGGACUGUGUGAGCUAUGCCUCAGCAUUACCAGUGAAAGGGGAAGCGUUCUGUGACUGCUACAAUAACACAAGUGUUGAGAAUAAGAAGUGCAACUGUGGCGAAGAUUGUACUGCUGAUUUCGAGUGGACGUGGGAUAGCGAGGUCAAGUCUCCAUCAUGCAUGCUGCUGGAUGGAGACAAGGAGGUGAUGUUUCACGUGGACUACAGCUCCGGCACGGCGGCUGUGCGAGCGACAGACCCAGUCUGCGCUGACCAGAACUUCUGGGAGAUAAAAAUGACGUCGCCCGUCUAUGGCACAGACAUGAUGAUUGGCAUUGGUACAACUGACACAAGUGUUGAUAAGUACUCACACACCUUCUGCAGUCUGUUAGGGAGGGAUGGGGAGAGCUGGGGUUUGUCAUAUUCAGGUGUUCUCUAUCACAAAGGGCAGCCAAAGAAGUACUCUAGCAAGUUUGGCCAGGGCACAAUAGUGGGUGUCCAUCUCGACAUGUGGCGAGGGGAGCUUCGCUUUUACAAAAAUCGGAGGCCUCUCGGAGUAGCCUUCACCGGACUGCAAGCGAAGAAGAUGUAUCCGUUUGUCUCGAGUACGGCAGCGAGGAGCGGCAUGCGGGUGAUCACAACUAGGUCUUUCCCCUCGUCCCUGCAGUUCUUCUGCUGCCGGAAGAUGCGGGAGGUUAUUCCUGACCAUCUAGAUGUCACUGAG